AUUUAUAUAUUUAUAUAUCUUUCGGUUCUUCCAAAAAUGCUCGCUGCCGCCGCCGUUAUCACUCGCCUCCGUCUGCGCUUCUUUUUAUUUCUCUCCGCCACGGGGCUCCACGUUUAGUUCACCAAAGCCGCUUUUUUUUAUUUUUGAGAAUUCUUUCAGGUGAUUCGAGAAAUAGUCUUUAUUCAAGCGACUUUAAUCGACGCAAAGAAUCUGUAGCUCUUGUUUCCAUUAAGAUGGCAGAUUCAAGUGCCCCCCAGAAUGCUGGAGAAGAACCACAGCAAUCUGAGACAGAACCACAGUCCGAACAACUCUGCAAUUUCUUUAGGAAGCCAAAAAAGGGGAAAAACAUUAGGAAAAGGACAAUAAAUGAAGAUGAAGGUGAAGAUGAAGACUCCAGAAAUGGGGCUUCUCUGUUGCACAAUCAAAAAAAGGCUCUGAAGCCUGACAAUAAGUUAUACUUUUCAACUGGAUCCUCCAAGAGUGCUGCUGCCACUGAAUCAAAUAUAGAAUCUGACAAACCAAAUUUUCAUUUUGAGUCUUCCAAGGAAAUUCAAGUUCAAAAUGAUAGCAGAGCAACAGCAACCUUAGAAACUGAGACUGAGUUUACGAAAGAUGCUCGAGCUAUACGUGAGAAAGUUCUUAAACGAGCAGAGGAGGCUUUGAAGGGGAAAAACACAAGCACUGGGGGAGAGAAGUUGUAUACAGGAAUGCAUGGCUAUGUGGAUCACAAGGCUGGGUUUCGAAGAGAGCAAACAGUUGCAUCUGAGAAAGCUGGUGGCUCACAUGGACCUCUUAGGGCUUCUGCCCACAUCAGGGUUUCAGCAAGAUUUGAUUACCAGCCUGACAUCUGUAAGGACUACAAAGAAACUGGUUACUGUGGUUAUGGAGAUUCAUGUAAGUUUAUGCAUGAUCGUGGAGAUUACAAGUCUGGAUGGCAGUUAGAAAAGGAUUGGGAAGAAGCAGAAAAAGCAAGGAAGAGAAAUCUAGCUUUGGGUGGGGAUGAUGAUGAUGAUGAGGCAGGGGAAAACCAAAGUGAUGAUGAUGAUGAGGAUUCAUUACCCUUUGCAUGUUUUAUUUGCCGGCAGCCAUUUGUGGAUCCUGUUGUUACUAAGUGCAAGCACUACUUCUGCGAGCAUUGUGCUUUGAAGCAUCAUGCGAAGAACAAGAAGUGCUUUGUCUGCAACCAACCCACCCUUGGCAUUUUCAAUACUGCUCAUGAGAUACGUAGAAAGAUGGCUGAAGAGAGUAAAAGAUAAGUUCAUGGAUGUUUUGCUGCAACACCUGCAGCCAUGAACUUUUUUUUUUUUCUUUGUUUAGUGUUGUAGUGGAAGAUUCACUUCUCUGUAUACCUUUUAAAAGGAAACGUAUUUCCUGCCAGAUAUUGGGGAAAUUUUAGAUUAUGGAGUGAUGAACUUCUUGAAA